UCGAAGCCUUCGUCGGUGGCGGGAAUAGUCCGGACUCUGUCGCAGGAAUUCGAGGAAUCACGGCCUCACGAAGGGCUCAUGGCUGCCACGGGCGACAUAGUAUCGUCGGUUGUCGCAGACCAAGAGCGCCACCGCCGAGCCACGGCGGCCUCGUCAGAGGACACGACGCUUGCGACGCCCACGGAGCAAGAAAACGGCGCGAGCGUCCGGGAACACACGGAGCCGUUUGCGAACGGCUACCACUUCCCCCCAAAGUACCCGUGGAAGGAGUCGACGCGGCACGGGUUGGCGUCGUUCUGGAAGUUCUUCAUAACGCCCAUGGGGGCCUUCUGGACCAUCUACGGGCUCAACGUGGUGGCGUGGGGCGGCAUGCUGUUCCUGCUGCUCUGCAACGCGGCGCCGGCCAUGUGCACGCCCGACUGCAACGACAUCGACUCGCCGCGGCGGCGGUGGGUCGAGUACGACUCACAGGUGCUGACGGCGCUGUUCUGCGUCACAGCGUUUGGCCUAGCGCCUUGGCGGUUCCGCGACCUGUGGUACCUGCUCAAGUACCGCGUCAACGGCGACUACACGGGCCUGCGCCGGCUCGCGGGCAUCCACCGCAGCUGGUUCCGCCUCGAGGGCUCGCAGGGCCUGCCCAACGACAUCGGGCCGCCCGACAACAUCCCAGAGACGCUCCCCGAGGCGGUCGUGCCCAUCCCGGCCAAGCACAUGCCCAACGCGCCGCUGACUGGCAGCCGCGCGCCGGCGACAUCGGUGUGGAAGCUCGACUUUGUCAUCUGGUCAAUGGUGCUGAACACGUUUGCGCAGUGCGGGCUCUGCGGCAUCAUGUGGGGCAUAAACAGGUACGACCGCCCGAGCUGGACGACGGGGUUUCUGGUUGCUGUGGGCUGCAUCAUCGCCAUUGUGGGAGGGCUGGCUAUGUUCUACGAAGGCAAGCACGUUAAAAGCAUCGAGGGCGUGCCCUGCAGCGAUCGAGACCUCAAGAAGCUGGCGGCCGACGAGGAGAAGGGCCUGCCCCACUACAACAACAUCAAAGACAAAAAACCGAAA